GGAGCCGAUCAGCGAGCCGGUAAGCCUGCCGAUCAGCCUGCGGGCAAAGUGUCCCUAGGGGGUGUUGGGGCGGAGUGUGAGGAGGGGCGCUGCUUCCGGGAAGCAGCUCCGCCCCCAAGUGUGCUGGUGAGGCUGGAGUGCGUGAUAGCAGUGGCGGUGGCGGGAGACUCGCAGCCUUUGGCAACUGAACCUACUCAUCCUGCAAACCAAGUUCAAGUCCUCAUCUUCUUUCAGCAAGCUUCUUCUAGCCUCCAAACUCACACUGGAACCCACAGUUCUUUCAAGCUGAGCAUCCAGCAGCUAUCCCAGGGGUCCUCACUUCCAACCAGCCGCCGCCCUGUGCCCUCGCUGCUCACCAUGAAGCCCCAGUCUGUUCUGCACAGCGGCUACUUCCACCCACUGCUUCGGACCUGGCAGACAGCCGCCACCAACCUCAGUGUCUCCAACCUCAUCUACCCCAUCUUUGUAACGGAUGUUCCUGAUGAUGUACAGCCCAUCGCCAGCCUUCCAGGAGUGGCCAGGUAUGGUGUGAACCGGCUAGAAGAGAUGCUGAGGCCCCUGAUAGAAGAGGGCCUGCGCUGCGUCCUUGUCUUUGGUGUCCCCAGCAGAGUUCCCAAGGAUGAGCGGGGCUCUGCAGCCGACUCCGAGGACUCCCCGGCUGUCGAGGCGAUCCGUCUGUUGCGCAAGACCUUCCCCAGCCUCCUGGUGGCCUGCGACGUAUGUCUGUGCCCCUACACCUCCCAUGGCCACUGUGGGCUUCUGAGCAAGAAUGGGAUUUUCCAGGCCGAGGAGAGCCGCCAGCGGCUGGCAGAGGUGGCUCUGGCCUAUGCCAAGGCAGGAUGUCAGGUGGUAGCCCCGUCGGACAUGAUGGAUGGACGCGUAGAAGCCAUCAAGGAGGCCCUGAUGGCACAUGGACUUGGCAACAAGGUAUCAGUGAUGAGCUAUAGUGCCAAAUUUGCUUCCUGUUUCUAUGGACCUUUCCGGGAUGCAGCUCAAUCAAGCCCAGCUUUUGGGGACCGCCGCUGCUACCAGCUGCCCCCUGGAGCACGAGGCCUGGCCCUCCGAGCAGUGGACCGGGAUGUGCGGGAAGGAGCCGACAUGAUCAUGGUGAAGCCAGGAAUGCCCUACCUGGACAUUGUGCGGGAGGUGAAGGACAAGCACCCUGAGCUCCCUCUCGCCGUGUACCACGUGUCCGGGGAGUUUGCGAUGUUGUGGCACGGAGCCCAGGCUGGGGCAUUUGAUCUCAAGGCUGCUGUACUGGAAGCCAUGACCGCCUUCCGCAGAGCAGGUGCUGACAUCAUCAUCACCUACUACACACCUCAGCUAUUGCAGUGGCUGAAGGAAUGAUGGAGAGAGUGUGCAAGACCCGAGAACUAGGACUUUGCAAGGUCCCGGGGCCUUGGAGAAGUGAAAGCCAAAGUAAAUGCUGCAUUUAGAACUGUGCCCUGUGCCCUCUUCCUGCUCCCUUGCUGGCAAGUGCCCACGAGCUCCAGGUGGUUUCUGGCAGCAUGCCACAUCUCACCGCUCGCAGCCACAUCUCCAUGGGCUCCCCCGAGCUCCUCCGCCCUCCCCAGGGUCACCUCUGAGGCCGCCUCUGCUGCUCUAGCUCCUUCCUCUAGUGUGGCUUUAGUUAGAAAGCUCUCAGGAGUCACAGGCUCAGGUGUGUGGUGCCUGGGAGAGGGGCUUGGAACAUUAGGGGAGGAGGAAGGCAGUUGGAUCAUUGGUCCUCAGAAGCCUCAGGAGCUCUGGAGAACCCAAGGCCUCUGGCAGCAUCGCUGGCUACAGGGACUGAGGCUUAGACUGGCCUUCCCAGGUUCAGAGUUGAGUUUUGCUGCGAUUCCCCCAGGGCAGUGGCUGCCGGGCUGCCUCAGAUCUUCUGCUCCACCCUGAGCCAUAAACGCAGAAAAGAAUGAUUUUAACAAGCUGAAACAUUGCCUGAGGAUUAAAAUGCAGAAGCAAAGAGAGAGUUCCUGACUAUUGGAGAUGGUACCAUCAAAAAGGCUUUUUAUUAAAGGAAGAUUUUUUUUUUUUUUUUUUGAGAACAUGUGCUCUGUGCUCAGGCACAGUGCUGGCACUGAGGAUCUAGCCAGACAGACUUCAGCUUGACUCUCUGUGUGGAAGCUAUACGAGGAAAAUAGGAGAGACGGACAAAGCAGUCACAAACUCUAAUCAGUGCUUUGAAGCAAAUAAAGGGUCUGAGGCGGGAAAUGACAAAUGGGGAGGUUGGGGGGAUCCCCCACCCCGCCGAGGUCAAAGACAAGGAAGGACCCUUACGCCACCAGAAGCCGUGAGGAUGACACCGAGUGUGCAAAGAUCCUGCAGUGAGAGGACCUUGGCAGCACUGCUGGGGGCUGGGGGCAGGGUAGGAUGGGUGACAGGGCUGGAGGUUAGAAAGGGAGAUCCCGCACCUUUUAGGAAGCUUGGAUUGUAUCUUCCAUCUGGUACAAAGACAGCUGAUGGAUCUUAGCCAGUUAUGCACGGUCCAGUGUCGCCCGUUUUGCUGCUAUGGGGAAAAUGGAAGAGUACAAGAAAAAGCCUGAUUACAAGGCUACGGCAGACCCCAGGGAGCGAUGGUGGUGACCUGGACCAUGGUGGUGGCUCUGGAGAUAGGAGGAAACAUGUAUUCAGGAGACAUUUUAGAGAAAGAAUUAGCAGGUUUUGCCAGUGCUUUAAAUUGGAAGGGGUGGGGGGAUGGCGGUUGGUCAGCGGUAAGGCACCGGGAGGAAAUUAGGAUGCCUCUAUGGGUUUCUGGCUUGAGCAACUGGAUGAGUGGUUUCAGUUUUCUCCUGAGACUUGACAUAGAAGUUCCCCCCUGGCAAAAGUUCAGGCACAGCUAAGGAGGGACCUGUUCACAAGUCCACCCCACUAUCUGCAAAGUGACAGGGUUUCCCAACUCUGGGCCCAUAGUAAGUUCAAUUUGGACUAUAAAGUUAUACAACCCAUUUUAAAAUCUAGAAUUAUAAACCUCCGGCAGCUUUUGCAGUCAGACCAGUCUCCGACUCUUGGUAGUCUUCUCCAGAGCUGUGGCCGACUUAAAUGAAGACGUAGUUUCAGCCUGCAGGGAAGUGGCCAGCCAAAAUCAGUGCUGGGAGAGUCACAGAGCUGGGCCUCCCAGGGAACCUGAGCCGGACGACCACCUAGGCACCUAAGCUCACAGGGGAUGAGCCACUAUUGGCUCAACGCCUUGGGCCUUCGGCCAGACUAGAACCUUUGACCAUCUUAGCUUCUUGGCUUCCUGUCUCCUGGCCCCUGAGCUCGUUUCUAGUUAAAAUGAUUAGUGUGAAAAGGAAGAUUCUUCAAGACCAUUCCAGACUCAUCAUUGCCAGUUAAACACAGGGCCUGGCUCUAUUCUAGGCACAGAAGACAGUAGAGAGACUGCCCUUGAGGAACAGAGGGUCCACAGGAAGCAAACAACUCUGUAUCCAGACCCCCUUCCCCCCAUCACACACACAGGGAGCAGCAGUAAGUGGAGUGAGUCUUCCUGAAAACCGGGAGGCAUGUGUGUCACCGGUGACAGAGUGAGAGGUGCUAUGAAGGCCGUCACCAGGACAUGACCUGGUUUGAAAGGUCAGAAAAUGCCUCCCUGAAGGAUUGAUAUUUAAGCUAGACCUGAAGGGUGAACAACCAAGCUAAAAUGUGUUUGGAGAAGAGCAUUCCCAGGCAGAGGGAAUCCUGGGGCUAGAAAGAGCUAGAAAACGAGGCUGGGGUGGCUGAAGCACAGCGAAGGAUGGAGAAACAGGUGGCCUGAACUGAGUGAAGAGACCUCAAAGGCCAUGUCAGCCUUUUCAAGUUAUUCCAAGAGGAAGGAAAGCCAGUCGCAACCAUUUAAGUAGGGGGACGACUCUCUAAUUGGCAUUUUCUGAAAGCACUGAAGCAAAGUGCAAAUGACAGACUUUGUGGUCCGCACGGGAGUAGUGACGAAUGGGGAGGGGAAUGGACUUCGGAGGUAGGUAGAUACCAAGGAUGAACUUGGCUCGAGCUCCUUGGCCAUAUGCAGAGGAGGGGAAGCUGGGAAGAGGGUCAGGGUAGAGGGGAAAUCCUAAUUUUUGCUGGGGUCUGAAUAAGAAAGCUAGGGAGUUUCUAUGCCUCACCCUCUAGGCCACUCAAAAGUUUGUGGCAGAACUGAGCCUAGAACCAAAACAGGUUCACCAAUAACAGGAAAGCUGGGAUUUUAACCCAUAUAGCCAAAUUCCAAGGCUCUUACACUUAACCACUACAACGUACUGCCCCCCAGUAAAUGGUAGUAAAAUUACUGGUCUAACAUGAUGCCUUUACUAGCUCCAGUAGUGGGGCAGAACAAGGGUCUAAGUUGCCUGCAAUCAUGGUCUAUGUGAGUGGUGCUCUCCUGAGUCAGGACUUGUCGCCUGGGGUGCCAGCCUUGUAUCCCCUCCAGCCACCCUAUGUUCUGUCUGCAAAGGCAGUAAUGGCCAGGCAGGCAGGCAGAGAAGUUUGGGUGGUCAUGGGGGAAUCUGGUUCCUCCACAGUCCCAUCUCCUGGUGUGUACCCUGCUCUUGCUAGUAGUAAUUUUAUCCUUGAGCAGAGAACUCGGCUUUCACAAUUAGCAUUGCAUAUUAUCCUCGGGCUUCCAGGCGUCACAGCAGAUUCGUGAGCAUGCAGGGGCCUCUUCACAAGACAUUUUCCUAUUCCUCGCUCAGAUGCACCAGCUUGAACCAGAGCUUGCUUGUUUCUGAUAGGACCUUCGCAGGUCACAACAAAUAGCCAACCAUCCUCACUUUUUGCUUUACCAAGAUCCCUAAAACUACAACCUCAGUGGUCAUAUGGUUGAGGGUCCCAAAAAGCAAGAGCAUGUUAACCAGCCAAUUUAUUACCAAUAUUCAAUUAAAAAAAAAAAAGGAAUCCUGGCUGCUCCAUACCCCAUGUGGACUUGGCCAAUUCCACGGCUAGGACCUGUGACUUGCAGCACCCCAUAGUCUAUCCUGUUUUGGGUACUCUUGGUUACAAGUGACAGGAACUAAAUGCAGUAGCAAAAAUGGAAAUGAUUGGUUUUUAUAAAUGGAUUGUAAUAAGUCAGGUGUGGCUAAAUCUAGGGUCAGAGGCUUGCACCGAGACUUCUGUUCCUUCCUAGCUCUGAUUGCCUCAGCUUGGCUUUAUUCUAAGGUGGUUUUUGCCACUUGACAGUAACAUGAUUCUUAGAUGGUCCUUUAGACUUAGAAUUCCAGAGAAAGAUAUUUUCAGCCCUGUGAUUCACGUAGCAAAUCUCUGGAGGUUUGAUUGGCCCUGCGCGGGUCCAAAGGAUGGCCUCUUGGCUUAGUCACUAAACAAGGAGAUGGGAGAUGUGAUGCAAGGUCUCCCUCCUUACAAGGAGGCUGGUGAAGUCUCAGAGCUUUUGUGCACGUGGUCCCCUUUGCCCAGAAACACAUCUCCCCAAAAGCUGGAUGGCUGUCUCCUUGUUAAAAUUUUGGCUUACCUGGCACUUCCUCAAGACAACCUCUCCUGACACCCAAUUUAAAGUCAUUCCCCAAUUAAGUUCAGUGGAUAUAAUAAAAGCCAAAAUAAUAAUAGCUUAAGAUGGAAGAUUUCUGAGCAGUCCAGAGCUGUGUCAGCCGAAGGUCUUGGCUCCUGCCUUAUCAGUCACCAUCGACACAUCUCCCCUCCCACCUCAUGAUCAAAGAUGGCAGGUCCAGUUCCCACCAACAGGUCCUCUUCAGCUGUCAGGAAGAAGAGAAGGGCCCAUGGAGGGCACAACCCAAAAGUUGCACACAUCACUUCUGUGCACAUGCCCUUGUCUGAACUUAGUCAUGUGGCCACAUCUACUAGUACACGCUAGGCUGGAAAAUAAGAGUCCAGUGGGGCAGCCAGGCACUCAGCUAAAACUCAGGGGUUCAAUUGCUAAGGAGGAAGAAGAGAAUGGACAUUGGGGCAGAUGACCAUCCCCAUCACAUGGAGAAUCACAGAAACAGUGGUCAGAAUAUCCAAGUAAAGAGGUCUUUAGAAAUGGGAGACAGACCCAGAGAAGGGACUUGCUGAAAUGCACACAAGCCAGCAACAGACUGAUGCUGGGAUUCAGGUCUCCUAACUGCAAGUCCAGUGCCUAAAACUAGAGAAGGAAUUGUAAAGGGGUGGGGUGAUUGAUUUUAGAGGAACUUUGACUUUUUAUGUAUUAUCUUAGCUGCAACUUUAUAUCAUGUAUGAUAUAUAUCUACCAAGGAUUUGUGUAAAUAAAUGAAAACUUGGCCAAUACAUAUAUGAAAAGGUGUUAUCUUCAUUAGUUAACAGAGAAAUUCAAAUUAAAACCACAAUGAGAUAGCACCAUACAUCUGUCAGAAUGCCUAAAAUUGUUGAGAAUGUGGAGCAAUUGGAACUCUCAGAUAUUUCUGGUACAACCACUUCAGAAAACUGGCACCAUCUUCCAAAGCUGGACAUAUCCUUGUUAUCUAGUGAUUUCACAUCUAGGGAUUUACCCAACAGAAACGUGUACAUGUAUUCACUAAAAGACAUAUUUGAGAAUGUUCAUAGUAACAUUUUCUAAUAUUGCAGUAACCAGAAACUGGAGAUAAGCCAAAUGUCAUCAACAGUAAAAUGUAGUACAUUCAUAUAAUGGAAUGUUACAGGUAUGACAAUGAAGCCUACACACAGCAACAUGAAUGAAUGAAACUUAUAAAUAAAAUUUUGAGCAACGAAGACAA